GUCCCUAUAAAGGCUACUUCAACAAUUCUGUUUAAUGCAACACCACCGCGAAGAAAGCUUUGCUUCAGAAUCUGCUCUCAAUUUUCUUCCUACUUCCAUCUCUUUCUCUCUUUCUCUCUCACUGUUCUCAAUAGCCAUGGCCUUUUGUAGUGGUACCUUGCUUAAGCCAAACUAUUGCUUCUCCCCAACCCACAAACCCAAAGCUCCAACUCCAUACUAUGAUACCAGAAAAAAGUUCUGCGUUAGAGUUUCGGCAAAUGACUCGGGUGACGUCGAGAAGACUAUUAUCAGGAAAGAGAAAGACGGAUGGAAGAUCAAUUACUCAGGAGAGAAACCUCAAACACCACUGUUGGACACAAUCAACCACCCAAUUCACAUGAAGAAUCUGUCCACUCAGGAUCUAGAGCAACUUGCAGCAGAGCUGAGGGCAGAUAUUGUACACAGUGUGUCAAACACUGGUGGGCAUCUUAGUUCAAGCUUGGGAGUGGUGGAGUUAGCAGUGGCUUUGCAUCAUGUUUUCGACACCCCUGAAGACNCAACCCACAAACCCAAAGCUCCAACUCCAUACUAUGAUACCAGAAAAAAGCAAAUUCACCAUUAUUUUUCCACUGAUGCUGCAAAGAUGGCUCAUGUGUUAUUGUGUUUGUCAGUUCUGCGUUAG